AUGAGGCCCCUGGGCUCGAUCCGAAACACACGCACACGCACAAACCCCACACGCCGUAAUGGCAGAUCGGGGAUCGACAACACAGGUGCACACGCCAUCCCGUUCAAUCUUCCCACAACUGCUCUACGCUCUGCACCCACCUCUGUACGGAUCGUGACCAUGUCGACGGUGUCUUCGGUGCGCGUGUCGCCACUGGCGUACAAGAAGCUCGUGCUGCACGCAGCCAAGUACCCGACCUCUCGCGUGCUGGGCCUCCUGCUCGCGGACGCCUCUUCUUCGUCGGAACUGCUCAUCACGGACAGCAUUCCGCUUUCGCACCACUGGACGUCGCUCGCGCCCGCUGCCGAAGCGGCGCUCUCGCUCGCGACAUCGUACGCUGCUACGCGCAAGCUCGUGGUGGUGGGCGUGUACGAGGCGCCCGAACUCGUGGCUACGGUCGCGCCGUCAACGCACGCGCUGCGACUCGCGGAAAAGAUCGCCGGCCUCGCGCGGAGGGAGGCGGUGCUGGUGCACGUCAACAAUGCGACCAUCUUGAACCCGAACACGCACGCCAUGACUGCAUACCCCGUCGCAGCGGCCCAGGGAAAGACGGAGCAAAAGCCAAAGCCACUCAAGCAGGAGGCGCUGACACUGCAGCAGCCAGACCAGGUCCAGAAGCUGUACGAUGCCAUGAACACCAGCGGCGACUGGGAACAGCUCGUUGACUUCGACGGUAAGUCUCCGCCACCAGCGUCGAUCCAAGACAGGAAUGCUGACAUUGAGGCUUGUCGAUGCGGCACAGAUCAUCUGGAGAACCCGGCACUCGACUGGCUGCAAAACCCAGCCAUCUCGGCAUAA